AGUUGCGGAGCGGGUUGUUGAGAGGAAAGGACAGGAGUUGAUUUACUGUAACACUGCUGACUCUUAUUUCCUCCUGGGUGUUACUGUGUACAGACAGAGAGGGGACACACAGUGGCCUGAGGGUGGAGAGAUUAGCACCAGGCAGGUCGGGGGUGGGGGGUGCAGUUUGUGUACAAUCCCCUGGUGCCCCCUUUACUUUACUGUGUGCCUGUCCUCCUCUUGCUUUGGGCUGGGCCUUUGCCGAUUGAGGAAAAUGGUUCGCAUUCUCGCUAACGGAGAGAUCGUGCAGAAUGAUGAUCCCCGCGUUCGCACAGCGCCGCAGAGACGGGAGGAUCUGAACAGACCCCGGCAGGGUUACGUUCAUAACUCUGAAAAUGCAAACCAGUUUUAUCACGGGCAAACCAAUCAAGAUCACUCGCUGUUUGCCAAUCUGAACCAACAACUGAUUAACAUGGGAUUUCCGCGUUGGAAUCUGGGAAAUCAAGUCAUUGAGCCACUCGUCUCUGUCCUCUUGAUUCUGUUGCUAAUGAUGUUCGGAAUGCGUGGUCUUCUCCUCAUUGGUGGGCUGUACCUCUUUUCCCGAUUUUACUCAGCGGUAAUUCACAUCGUAACACACUGGCUCAGGGCUGCACCACUCCGCAGUUCCACUUCAUCCUCCAACUCAUUCGUCGUGCAGAUUCUACUUGAGGAACUGUGUCUUCAGAUUUCUUUCCAUAAACAGAAGAGUUACAAAGGAAGUAAUUGGUAAACAGGAAAGAGGAUGUUGUUUUUGUACACAAGUAUAAAGGAUAUAGACAGAUUUUCUCAUGUACUACAACUUGUUCUCUUGGAGUUUUGGCAUUCUUGUGAUUGUGUUCUGAUGAUUGCAAGAUGACAAGCUCCGACAGUGCAUCUCUUUCUUCAACAAUACUCAAGUUCAGUACAAUUGAGAGACAAAGUUGGUUGAAUUUGCUUGAAAUAAAAUCCUAAGAAACUGUC